AUGGCACGCGACAAUGAGCUGGUCUCGCUCGCCUCCUUCGGGGAGGAUCUCAUCGCCAGCGGCAACUUCGCCUCCCUAAGUAGCCUCGACAUCUUCGCGGCCUCGACCGACCAGAAAGCGCGCAGCCACCUCACCGUCGCCCCGGAUGUAUCCACCACCACGCGAGCUAAACCAAUCUCCAGAGUCUCCCCGUUGGCGGGCUGGACUGCAAUGUCCCGGUCCACCACGGCACACACGGAAAUCAACGACGCGCUGAUUAUCGGCGGCGCGACCGUGAAGAACGUCUCGCUGGUGGUGGGUGAGGCCCUCUCCUCGGGGGAUCCCGCGACGGGGCACGAGGGACAUGAUCUCUACAGCGAUCUGAAGGUCCUGCCUGUGCCGGUGACGGGGGUGCAGAGUGGCGGGGGUUCGCUCUUGGUCGCUCCCAUCGGAAAGACGGCCGGUCAGUCGAUGCUGCUCUUGCCAGCGGACAGUGACUCCGCGAUCACCUUCCCACAGCAGUCGAAGCCGAUUGCCCUGCCGAAUGUAGGCAAGGAGAUAGGCGCGACCAAGGGCGAGGUCGGCGCCGCGCCGGUGGAUUCGUAUGUCUUGAGCGGUGAUAUCGAGAAUUUCUUUGGGAUCAAGGGGCUCAAGGCGAAGCUGUACUCUUUCAAAAAUGAACAAACCAAGGACAAGGACGACGACAAAGACAAGCCCGUGCAGGAAAAGAUCAAGUUGGAGGACAUGGAGUCCCCACUCGCAAUCCUCUUCCCGGAGAUCGAGCAGUCGACCAUCCAGAAACUCCCCAUCAAGAACCUGGAGUUUACCUACAGCAACACCGAGAAGGAUAGUUUGUUCCCAGUGGGGCUGCGACUCGAGGGGGAUCUGGAGUUCAAAGAUGGCCUGCAGUUCGUCGCAGACGGGCUGAAGAACGUCUUCGGCAGCGACAAGGGGACAACUCUACCGUCCAAGCUGCGGAUCAGCGCUCUCAUUGCCAAGGAGAGAGACUGGAGCAAGAAGCCCAAGAUAGACGGGCUCGUGUUGCAAGCCUACGUCGAUAUGUCCUUGCCAAAGUGGGACUUUCUAGAGUUCAAAACGGCGGGUAUCGAGCUGUCGGCGAGGAGAGAAGAGAAGAAGGAUGACAAGAAGGAUGACAAGAAGGAUGGCAAAAAGGUUGACAGCACGAAGGAUGAUAAAGAAGGGAAGAAGGAGAGUGGGGAACCCGACGAUGUCUCGGAGCCUACAUCGUUGAAGGUGGCAGCCGAAGAUAACAAGUCGGAUAAAGAAAAGGACGAAAAAGACAAAAAGAAAGAAUGGAAGCUGGGCUUUGGAAUCUUUGGUAAACUGAACAUCACCAAGCUUCCCAAGUCAAAAGGAACUUUGGAAGCACGAUACUGGAUCCGCGGAGGUGACUGGAAGGAGGAGAAAAAUGACAAGAAGAAGGACAAGGACGGUAAGGACAGCAAGGAAAACAAGGACAAAAAGACCGAGAAAGGAGAUAAAGACAAGAAGGACGACAGUAACGAUGCAGGCAAGAAAACUGACAAGUCAGAAAAGAAGAUUGAACAGAAGGAUGACGGCUCUCUUGCCAAAACUAAGGACGAAGUGGUCAUUGACGUGGGCAAAUGGAAGAACUUUUGUGGCGUGGCAAAUCUGGAUAUGAAGAAAGCCCAACUGCGCGCAAGGUUUGCACCGGGAGAGUUCAAAGAAACCUGUACGCUGACUGUGUCUGGAUCCCUGGAGUUUCCCCAGGGCAGAGACAAGGAGAAGGACGACAAGGAAGACGAAGAAGAAAAGCCCAAGAAUGCUACCCUGGCGAUCAAAGGCCAGCUUUCCAGGAAAGACUACCACUUCGAUGCUAAAGUGGGAGAUUUGAAGCUCGAAUCAAUUCUCAAGAUUUAUGCGCAUAUAAACGGAGUCGAGCCCAAGGCUGAUGGGAUUAAGGACCACAAUCUGACAUUCGAGGAGUUGCAUCUCAACAUUGGCCGCAAACUGAAGAAGAAGAAGAAAGAGGAAGAGAAGCAGGACAAAAGCAAGGGAGAUGCAAAGAAGGAAGAAACGAAAGACGAAACGAAGCGAAUUGAAGAAAAGGCAGCCGAUGCAAAAGAGACGGAAACACUUCAAGCUGACGGGGAUAGCCCCGAAGACAAGCAGCUUGACGACGAAGCCAAGGCGGAGAACUCGACCACGGAAUGGGCGUUUGAGCUUUCUGGGAAAGUGAGCUUUAACGACGUCAAAAGCGUGCACGGCUUGAUCAAGAUCGAUAGCACAGGUUUAACUAUCGAAGGUGGCGUGGAGGAUUAUGAGAUCAAGGAUGCUGGUGUCACAAUCAACGAGGCCAGGAUCGAUAUCUUCAUUGGAGCCAAGCCCAAGGCAGAUAAGAAGCAGAGGGAUCAGGGCGAGAUCAAGUCUGUGGAAAACUCAACCACCGAGGCUGGUGAUGGAACAAAGGCAAUUGUCUAUAAUCGGGCGAGCAAAUUCUCCAUUCGAGGGAAGGUCACUUUCAGUGGAGUGACUGUGACCGUCGUCUUCCUUACAGAGCGCAAAGAGACCAACAAGAAGUCCAAGAAGGCUUCGGAACGCGAGUGGGUGCUCUAUGGAUUGGCCGACACAGAUCUCAGUCUUGAGGAGCUUUGUGACACGCUCAAGGGGUCUUCGAUUGGAAAGUUGAAGUUGCGCAACAUCGCUUUGAUUGCAGCAUCCGGCAAAAUUAAGACAAUCGAGGAGUUGAACACCAUGGAAUAUCCGGUUAAUAAAGGAAUCUCCCUCUGUGCCACCAUCCCUCCUCUCGACGAGCUCAACAACCUCGCCAAGCAGACCGUCGAUGGGCUGAUCCUCUGCGCGACUAUCCAGAAGGGACUGGAUCUCAAAAUCUGCUUGCCCAAGUCCAUGGAUAUACAUUUCUCCGAGACCGUCACGCUUGGCAAUAUCGGAGUCGGAAUUGAGAUCAGCAAGUCUCCUAGUCUAUCGCUGGAGGGCGUGUUGACCAUCCUGAUGGAAUCAGGUCAGGAUCCGCUGGUCCUUGAAGGAAUGGUGCGGGCAGGGUUACUCGAAGCAUCUGCGAAGAUUGCGACUAAGCAGCCCUGGGUGAAUCCCUUUAACAUCAGCAAGGAGGUCACUAUCGCAGAUUUCAGAGUCGAAAUUCUCAUCGAGUAUGCCAAAUUCCUCGAAGUGGGCCCUUCGAAACUCGGUCUCGGGGGCCAGAUCGAGGUCGGCGAUUUCCACGCUGGGGCAGACAUGGUCAUCAGCCACUUUCCCAAUGACCAGCUCAUCUCCGUCAACAUUUCCAAGGUUGAUCUCAUCGAGAUCAUCAACGUCGCCGGUAAGGUAGCCGACAUUCCUGCCCUGAGGGAGAUGCGUGGAGCCGAGCAGACAUUUGUGUUCACGGAUGCCGAGCUGUACAUCUCGACAGGAGCCACAAUCGCCGACAAAGAGUACCCUCGUGGCAUCUCAGGCGGCGGCAAGCUGACGGCAUUCGGCAAGAAGGCUGAAUUUGAGUUGGACAUUGGUGAAGUGGGUCUGGAUUUCAAAGGCGCCAUCGAUAACUUCAGCCUGGGUCCUCUCGUGGUGUCGUCGGCGAGUGGCGAACCUCGCGCCAGCAUGGUGGUACUCAUGACAAAAGAUCAGCAGGUCAUCAAGGUGGACGGCAUGGUGACAUGCUUUGGCAUUGGGUUAGUCGCUCUCGUGGACAUUCAAUUGGGAACGGAGACCCCAGUGUUCAACGCCUACAUUGCCGUGCAGUUCACCGAAGCGUUUAAGAUCAGUCUGCAGGCGACUACUAGGGACUUCAAUAGUGUCCGUGACCUGGCGAACCAGGGCCUCUACUUCCAAGCCCAGAUUGAGGGCGACCUCUUUGACAUGAUCUGUGAGAGUGUCAAGAACAUGAUCAAGACGCUCGAGAAGAUGGGCACGGAAGGCAUUGAGGCGAUGCAGAAGCUUAUCGGCGACAAGGUCGGUGAGAAGCAGGCCGAGAUGGAGAAGCUUGCCCAAGCGUUAGAGGAUGCUCGGAAACAGCUGGAGAAGAAACGCAGCGAGCGACAGAUCGAGCUGGAGAAGGAGGAAAAGAAACGAAAGGAGGCAGAGACCGAAAUCUCACGGUUACGAAACGCAGUGGCCACUGCUAAGAAGAACAAAGAAAAGGCCCAGCAAGAGCUGGAGCAGAAGGUCAAACAGGCAGAAUUAGAAAAGGAGUCUCUCAUUCGACAGAAGAGAAAGGAGUAUAGCGACAAGCUAGAAGAGGCCAAGGAAGAAGAGGCGCGCAACCGCAGAGAGCUCGAGAGACUCAAGAGAGAGCAAGCCAACAGAUACGGAACUGACUUCCUCAAGCGGGUGGAAUUGGCGAAGGGGGCCUGGUACGAGAAGCAAGCAGCCGAAGCAGAGUCGUGGAAGGCAGUGCAAUGGGUUUAUCAGCAGAAGUGCAACGCCAAUGCCGGAAGACUCGAGGCAGCCAAAGCAGCCCACGAAAUCGUGAAAGCAGCCACUGACGUCUACCAUGAAACAGCCAAGGGAUUCGACGCCACAAUCAACUCUGAUGCCUUUCAAAGUCUCGUCAAGGGUAUUGAGACAGCAGCGGAAGCCGUCGAGAAUGCUGCCAAGGGCGUAGACAACCUUCUUCAAGGUGGCGGAGUCGACGGGUUCAUCAGGGCAUUUGUCGACACGGAAAACAGAAAGAUUCAAGCAGCAAUUGACAACCUCCGGGCACUGCAGGACGAGAACAGCAAGUAUCAGAAGGCAAUUCGCGAGGCACAAGCCAAGCUCGAUGCAAACGGGCCGAAUCUCGUGGCCGAUAUCCGAGCAGCGGACGAAGCUAUCACGCGCAUCAAGGAAGACGCGGAGCUGGCAAAGCUCCAACGUGAGUACAAUUACAAGCUGAAGGUUCAUGAAGAAGUGCACAACACCAUUGAGCAGAUGCAGGCGGGUCUCGAGGCGCUCAAAGAGGACUGGCAGAGUGGAAUGAAGAAGCUGCAGGAUGUGGUGAACGAGAUCCAGAAAGCGAUUUCGUCGGUCUUCCAUAUCGAGAAGAUUAUGGUCGGAGUGCACACCCAUGCUCUGGUCAAGGAUGAACCACUUGCCUUCAAGUUCUACGGAACUGUGGCUGGUCGAAAGUUCGAGGUUGAAGCCGAGUGGUCACCGAAUAGAGCAAUUGGCGACCUGUACAAGCAGGUCACGAACGAAAUCCUGAAGUUAUAGAGGAGGUUGCAUUUGAGACCUGCAGUGAAUAUCGCUAGAUAUGCAGUCUUGUACGCAUUGUUCGUGAACAUGUGCGACGACGUCGAAG